AUGGCGUUUCGUUCGCCGCCAUCUUCGAACCCUGUUUCCCCAAUUCUAAAUCCUACUGGAUUAAAUAUAUCGACGAGAAUACCACCGCUGAGCUUGACCUCGGAAGGCGCGGGUGCAGCGCCGUCAUUUACACUCGUAAUACCCACAGUCCGAGCGAAAUCGACACGACGGAUAAUAGAAGCCGUUUCUCCAAAGACAGGAAGGCCGUAUCCCAAUCGUCUCAGAGCCCACAAGCCCUCUCAUAGCGUCUCCAUCGACAUACUUCCGUCUCAGCCCGUAGAGGACAAUUGGGUCUCGCCAUUGGGCAAGUUUGAUAUCGAGCAGGAUGCCACAGAACUAGAGGGCUACCAAAUGUAUGCCGUAGAAAAAUGGGUUGUGGAUCGUGCUAGAUUCAUGAAAGUCGUCAUAGUCUACACCGGCAAUCCGAAGGAUGUGAUCACAGUCACGGUGAUAACACCCUCGUCGACUCUGACAGUGGAACAAUCUCAGGCAGAAUAUGAUAAUGCGGUCAAAAUGUUACGCAGAGAUGGAGCGCGACCGCGACAGACCGUACUUGGGACGAUCAUGUGCACCUCACUGGCAAACUUUCGCUCAGACCUCAAUAUCGUCAAUAUCCCCGGCGGUCACUAUCUUCAAUCCAGAGAUAAGUUAUAUGUAAACAUUAAUCUCCUCCGUCUCGGAUGCAGCGGGCGUACAGCACUCACGCUUGAUCCUCCCAAUGAAUCUAUUCAAGAGCGACUUAAGCAGCUUUACUCGAUACCCGCCAUUGCCGUCCAAAGACUCGGAUUCGAGACCGUUGUGCUCUCCUUUGUCAAGCUCAUUCAAUCUGCCCUCUGUAUCUAUGACUUCUAUGACUCAAACGAAGAACGAAAUGGGCUACUGGGAGACCAUACCGUAGACAGCAUUCAACGAUGGACACUGGAGAUUGGUGAAAAGCUGCGCGAACUAAAUCUUCAGCCCUCGGAACGGAUCCUAGACCCACCCAUUGUGGCCAGUAUCCUAAGCGUAGUUGUCUCGAUGCGAAGUAAGCUCCUAGGGCUUCUCCCAGCCGGCGCGAACGUACCAAAGGAUCCUUUUCAAUAUCCUGACAAAUUCACCGAAGCGCUUGCCCAAGCAAGUCCGGCGCAUAUGACACGUCUCGGACCGAGUGGCGUGCCGCGUGCAUAUCUGAGUGCUGCCCUCAUUGACCAUAUCAAUCGACAACAUAAGCGUAAGACGGUCGAAGCCAAGUCUUAUCGCAUUGGUAUUGGCCCAUUGGCUGCGCCCAAUGCGCUUGCAAGCCUUAUUCCGUCGUCCGAAUCUAUGAUGGCCGGAAGUAGCAAGUCUGCACCGGAUGCCGUUGCGCCUGAGACGUCAGAUUUGAUUGCAUUUGUCAAGUCGCCCUCGGUUAUUUCCAAGGAUCCAAUCGAAAGCUUGCAGUUGAUCUGGACAGGGAAGCUUGGGCCAGGACUUACGCAUGCUAAGCAGGCGCAAGAGGUGGAGGAAAAGCGACUGGCGGAGGAAAGGGACGCAGAGAAUAAGAGUGACGCGAAGAGUGGCGAAGAUGAAGAAAGCAUGCUCGGAAAGGGUUUCUCUGUACUCAGACAGACUGGUCAGGAGAUUACAGCUAGGCUUAACAGCUUGCCUGUCGGAGGCAGAAGAAAACAGAGUAUGGACGUUACGUCUUCUCCUCACUUCUUGUAUCCUCCCUCUCUUUCCUCCGCCCGACCGUCACCCGAGAUUGGUGGCCCGCGACGCUUGUUUGGAUCUGACCUCCAUACGUCACCGUUCAUUCCCGACGAAGCCCGCACGUUGAGCGCGGAUGAGGGUAUGCCUCGCCAUCGCAAGGCCAUAUUUCCUCAUCUUGGAAUACACUCUGCAUUAACGACAUCAAAUUUCAGCAUGGGAAAUUACCACCACCACCAUUAUCAUCAUCAUCCUCCCUCUCGGCACAAGGCAAAGAGCCUGGACUUUGAGCCGACUAAACGCACAAACCCCGUGCCAGAACCUGGUAGUAAACCUCAGCAACGAAUCAUUCCACCAACUUUGACCGCACUCGAAGUUCACUCAGAAGAUGAGUACGUUCCCAAGGCAAAACGGAGGAGCACAGAGCAAACCAAACGAUUCAAAAUCCCACACAUACACAAGUCUAUUCAAAGGCGUCGAAGUUUUGACGAUACCGAAUAUACGACCGGCACUCCAUUACUCUCUUCGGACCAGAUGAGAAUCGAUGUACAAUUUGCGGCCUCUCUCAUAGAACUUCAACGUCGCAAACGACGGCUUCAACUGGCUCACAGCGCCUUGCAAGAACUUAUGCGACCAUUGGCAUUAACAAGAGAAGUCAUCAAAGCGCAGAUGAAUCGACAGUCUGAUGACCGAAAUCGGUUGGACGCCACAGUCGAUGAGAUUCUCCCCGCCGUCGAAGACUUGAAUGCGAUUAGGGCGCUGCCUCUUCGUGCGCGACUCCUCUCGUCCAAUGCAAUCCCACGGGAUGCUCCAUUCAAGGUCAACGCCGUUAUUGCUGCAGAGACGCUCAAAUCGUCGAAGUACAAGGCAUCCGCGGAGAUACCAAGAAUACCAGAGCUCCAGAAAGAGGUUAAGAAACACCGGGAACAGUUUUGGCAACAACGACGCCUCGCGUAUCUCCCACCAGAGACAAAGAUGGACGAGGAAGAUCUGACACUCGCACUCGGGAGUAAAUGCCCGUUUUUGUGGAGCCUCCAAACAAUCUACAAGCUAAUGCUGCUUGCAAUCUUGUGGGCUGGUAUGCUCCGACGUGGGGAAAUUCAUUCAAGCACAGACGAUGGAUGGCGAAGAUCAACUGUUUUCAACACACGGCUCGAUCUCAAAGGGCGUACGCAGCCAGAUAUCGACAAAAUGGCCAAAGAGGAGGAGGAAGACAAGGUGCUAGAGUGGCGGGCUAAGGCACAGGAACAUGUCAUCAGUGGGCACUCAUUCGCACAGCUGUGA